AUGCUGAGCCAGGGCCAAGGGUACUCAGCCGCUGAUCUCUGCUGUGGCCAAGAGCCUCUUGCUCACUUGGCCAGACCCCCUCUGUGCUGCAAUGAGCUGCACUGCACUCCCCUUCCACGCAAAAUUCAUGCCCAGCCAGCCACUGUUUUUGACCUCCGGAUGCUCGGCGCCUGCAGGAAUCUUUUGUGUUCCAGUCUGGACUCAAAUUCAGAGGCCUGGCUUGAGUCCCUCAAAAGGGGAUGGAUGCAGGUUUUUAUGGACCAUGUGUGGCUAAGUGGUCAAAUGCAAAAGGAGGUGCAAAAGAUUAUUGGAGAAAAUAAUGCCUUAAAAGUUAGAAUUUGGGAGAUGAAAGCUAAUGAUCCUGGCUUUUUCGUCAUCUAUGUAGGAGGAAACCUUUGGCAUACUGGAGUGAGAGUCUGUUCCCCUCACCCGGCAUACCACCUCCAGGAGGAGUUUGGCUCAACAUUCCCAUCAAAUAGUAUGCUCUUGGACCCAGAGAGGACACUCAUGCUACCUCUGACAGAAGGUUCACUGAGGCUUCAGGAAGAUGAGGACAGUCUUUCCUCUGAAGACUCUUUGUCCUCUUCAGCAGAGCUGUUUGAUGACCUGCAGGCAGAAGAUCUCCCUUUCCAGCUCUCCAGGCCAGCUGCAGCAUAUGAGGAGGCCUUGCAGCUGGUAAAAGAGGGGAAGGUUUCCUGUCGGACACUCAGAACAGAACUCCUGGGUUGCUCCAGUGAUCAGGACUUCUUAGCUAAACUGCACUGUGUCCGGCAGGCCUUCCAGGGACUUCUGCAAGAUGAGAGUAACCAGCUGUUCUUUGGGGAGGUUGGGAAACAAAUGGUAACAGGCCUGAUGACGAAAGCUGAAAAGAACCCAAAGGGCUUCUUGGAGAGCUAUGAGGAGAUGUUGAAUUAUGCCCUGAGACCAGAGACCUGGCCUACCACACAGAUGGAAUUGGAGGGGCAGGGGGUGGUUUGCAUGAGUUUCUUUGACAUUGUACUGGAUUUCAUACUCAUGGAUGCCUUUGAGGACCUGGAGAACCCCCCCUCCUUAGUGCUGGCGGUCCUGCGUAAUAGCUUGCUCUCAGACAGCUUCUUGGAAACGGCUCUGGCCACUGCCUGCUGGUCGGUUUUGAAAGCCAAGAGACGACUUCUGAUGGUGCCCGAUGGCUUCAUCUCCCACAUCUACACAUUAUUGGAGCAUGUCAAUCCCAUUCUUGCCUUUGGCUUCUUAGGGCCCAAGCCACAGCUGGCUGAAGUCUGCACUUUUGUCAAGCAUCAGAUUGUGUACUACCUGAAGGGCAUGUUUGACCUGGACAAUAUGCGCUACACCACUGUGCAGUCACUAGCUGAGGACAUCCUUCAACUGUCCCACCAACGCAGUGAGAUCCUGUUGGGUUACCUGGGAACAGGGCCUGUCCGGGAGAUGAAUGGGAUGUUGCCUCAUGAAAAUGGACCCCUGUCCAUUAGCCCCCAUGCCUCCAUGAGGGAGGGCUAA